AUGGAAGAUGGUGAAUUAUCAGACGCAGAAAUUGAAUAUGAAUUAAGUACAUAAGCUGAAAAAACAUAAAAUAUAAAACGAGAAUGCUGUCGUUCAUUUUAUUAUUAUCACGAAAUAUUGCAAACAAGUGAAUCAAAUACAAUAGACUAUAAAUAAUAUUCAUGGCCAAUAGUUAGUCCUUAAAUAACUAGAAAACUAGCUAUUGAAAUUUUGAGUUUUUUAAAUACUAAUGGAGGAGCUAUUUUAAUAGGAAUUACUGACUUAACAUAUAAAGUUAUUGGCAUUAAAUUAUUUUUAAAAUAAAGAGAAGAAUUUACUAAAUAUACAGAAUGCUAUAGACUUUCAAACAAACUAAUUAAAGUUUGA